CGAUUACAUAAGGCAGAAAAUGCAGAAAACGUUAAAAAAGGAGCUCAGCUUCUCCCUGGACACCCUGGAGCGGUAUCGCGCCAAAUAUGGACGCAGUGCCUCAUCGGACACAAAUGGCAAUGGAACACAGCUGGAAUCGCACCCGGCACAGAUCUCUGACAUGGGCACGGCUACAGCUACGCGCACGGUCUCGCCUCCCCCCUCGCUAUUCAAGCCCCAGUCCCCACCUAAGCUGACCAAGCUGCAGGAGCUGCAACAGAAGAAGGAGGCAUAUAUGCGACAGCGCGAGCAUGAGCGGGAAAUGGAGCAGCUGCUGAAGGCAGCCGACAAAGCCAGCCGGCAAGACGCAGCCAGAGCCAACAAUGCCAACAGCAGCAGUAACAGCACCACCGGCAACAGCACCACCACCAGCACCAGUACCACCACCACCAGCACCACCUCCUCGACAUCCACCUUAGCCAAGACCAGCGCGUCCUCCACGACCACAGCCUCGGCCCAGCAGUCGAGCAAAACAGCUGCUGGCUACAGCAACUGGAAUAACAACCACACAACACUCAGCUCGCAGCCUUGGUGCGCGAUCAGUGAUCUUAUGUACUUCUGUGACAAAUACGAGUUCAAGACUCUGAGUACACGGGACCUGAAGACCCAUCAGGAGAUUGUGGCGGAGGUGCGUGCCCUGCUCUCCGGCAAGGCACCGUUCGAUCAGCGCACUCGCUUCCCCGGCAACAUUCACGAUCCGGAGAAUCUGUGGGUUUGCAUUGGACGCUGCGCGAGUGUCGAAUAUCAUUUGCAGCGCAUCAUCAGCGUCUUCCGGAAACCCCUCAAUCAGCUGACGCCGGACAAGCAGCGAACGGUGCGUCAGAACUUUCACCUGGCCGUCAGUGAACUGCGUCUGGACAUAUCGGCGCGCAUUAGCGAGGUGCGACUGUACGAUAGGUUGGUAUUCGAGCGGGAGUUUCGACUGGAAUGGCAAGACGAGGUCUAGUCUAGAGGAUCUACAGAAGG